GAGUGCUGGAUCAUGAGGGAGUGAUACAGGAUCUGCUGGGGAAGACAGAUUUUCCCAUCAGUUAUUUUAUAUUGUGCAGCAUCCAAGCCUUUGCAUUUAUCUUAGUAUUAGGGAUAGAUCUGUUUACAUAGGGCAGCAUCCCCAGCACGGUGUGUGUGCUACUAGGUAGGCAGCGGUGUGUGAGCAGCCCAUACAGCCCCUCUUGGGUCUCACACACGCACACAGACACACAGAGGUGGAGACUGUGUUGCUGCUGUCACACAGCUCCUGAGCAGCACCAGGCUCUGCACUGAUUUGUCACAGCGCUGGGGACACAGACGCGGUUUAAGUCGUGGGGGGCAGCUUUGCUGUGUGUGAGCUCGGCCUUGUAAACCCCGCACACAGAACCGUGCAAGGGACCCCGGCAGAAACAAGCCAAGAUGAUGUGAAUACGAAUCCCAGGAAGGCCGGGCGACCACAGGAUCCCUACAACAGCUGUGCUGGAAGCAAUGUGGUGAAAUCAAGUUACAGUGGCUUAGGGAAAUAUUGGAAUUUAGAUAAUGGGCUGUGUGCAAUGCAAGGAUAAAGAAGCAACCAAACUAACAGACGAGAGAGACAACAGUUUAACGCAGAGCUUAGGAUAUCGCUAUGGGACAGACCCCACCCCACAGCAUUAUCCCAAUUUCAGUGUGACAUCUAUUCCAAAUUACAAUAAUUUCCAUGGGACAGCAGGACAGGGACUUACUGUUUUCGGAGGCGUAAACUCCUCUACUCACACAGGCACCCUUCGUACAAGAGGCGGAACAGGUGUUACACUUUUUGUGGCGCUUUAUGACUAUGAAGCAAGAACAGAAGAUGACUUAAGUUUUCAGAAAGGAGAGAAAUUCCAGAUACUUAAUAGCUCUGAAGGGGACUGGUGGGAAGCUCGGUCUUUGACGACUGGUGGAACUGGUUACAUCCCUAGUAACUAUGUGGCGCCGGUGGAUUCCAUACAAGCCGAGGAAUGGUACUUUGGAAAGCUAGGGCGAAAAGAUGCAGAGAGACAAUUAUUAUCCUUUGGAAAUCCCAGGGGUACUUACCUAAUACGUGAGAGUGAAACCACCAAAGGUGCCUAUUCAUUGUCUAUACGUGACUGGGACGACAUGAAAGGAGAUCAUGUCAAACACUAUAAGAUUCGGAAACUUGAUAAUGGGGGCUAUUACAUAACAACAAGAGCCCAGUUUGAGACUCUGCAGCAGCUUGUUCACCAUUAUUCAGAGAGAGCUGCUGGUCUCUGCUGCCGCUUGGUAGUACCCUGCCAUAAAGGAAUGCCGAGACUUACUGACCUGUCUGUCAAAACCAAAGAUGUCUGGGAAAUCCCAAGAGAAUCCCUACAGUUGAUCAAGAGACUGGGAAAUGGGCAGUUUGGGGAAGUCUGGAUGGGAACAUGGAAUGGAAACACAAAAGUGGCAAUAAAAACCCUGAAGCCAGGCACCAUGUCUCCAGAGUCCUUUUUAGAAGAGGCACAGAUAAUGAAGAAGCUUAAGCAUGACAAGCUUGUACAGCUAUAUGCCGUGGUGUCUGAGGAGCCCAUUUACAUUGUCACAGAGUACAUGAACAAAGGAAGUUUACUAGAUUUUCUGAAAGAUGGAGAAGGAAGAGCCUUGAAGUUGCCAAAUUUAGUAGAUAUGGCUGCACAGGUUGCCGCUGGAAUGGCAUACAUUGAGCGAAUGAAUUAUAUACAUAGAGAUCUGAGGUCUGCAAAUAUUUUGGUGGGAAAUGGUCUCAUUUGCAAAAUAGCAGAUUUUGGACUUGCUAGGUUGAUUGAAGAUAAUGAAUACACAGCAAGACAAGGUGCAAAGUUCCCCAUUAAAUGGACUGCACCAGAGGCAGCACUGUAUGGAAGGUUUACAAUUAAGUCAGAUGUCUGGUCAUUUGGUAUUUUACUGACAGAGCUGGUAACAAAGGGAAGAGUUCCCUAUCCAGGUAUGAAUAAUCGUGAAGUGUUGGAGCAAGUGGAGCGUGGUUACAGAAUGCCGUGUCCUCAGGACUGUCCCAACUCACUGCAUGAGCUUAUGCUUAACUGCUGGAAAAAAGACCCAGAGGAACGUCCCACUUUUGAGUAUCUACAGAGUUUUCUGGAAGACUACUUCACUGCCACUGAACCCCAGUACCAGCCUGGAGACAAUCUGUAAAGUUUUGCCUGCAUAAAGCUGUCACCAGGCCUCGUGCUUAGAAUUCGCUUCCAGUUUAAUGACUGUUUUCUGUAAGGAACUGUAUCUUCCAGUGCAGAUUGCACACUGGUGUGAAACUGAGAACUUCCAGGAAAAUUGUCCAUGACCACUUACGAUAAUAAUCUCUGAAUGUUCUCUUUUAAAGAAGAAAAAAAAAGGAGAAAAAAACUUAUUUCUCAAGCAAAGACUAUGAUGAUGCAUUGUAUUGAUGUUAUGUAAACUGCAAAACCUCUAUUACUUGUAAAUAUUAACUCUGUGCCAUACCCAAUCUCAAUGCUUUUCAGCUUGUUUUUUAAUGAAGUAGCCAUGUAAUUUUAACCAAUCAUCAUUUUAUUCCGCACAAAGUAUUACUUUUAAAAAAAAUCCCAUUUUAGUAUAAAAUAACUUUUUAUUUAAAAAUGUAGCUGCAUUUUUUUCUUUGUUUUGCUUUUUUUUUUUGUACAUGAAACUAUAAAUACGUAAAGCUGUACAUACAGACACUGAGUACAUUAUGUACAUACAUGAUACACAAGGGUGCUUUUGCAGAACUAACUUUUUGAAGAUCUUCCUCACAUAGAGGGAAAGAAAACCACAUUUCACUAAAAAAUGCUGAAAAUCAAAAAAGUUGCCCAUUAAUAUUUUAGGCCAAGUUAUUAUUUUUUUUAUUUUAUUUUUUUUUUAUUAUUUCUUUCAUCAUUAGAUUGCACUUUUGAAGAUUGUCAGUGGACAAAUAAGUAAUCCCAAAAUAUUGUGAAUUUGUAGACAGUGUGUUGGAAUACUGUAUGGAGUUAUGUUUAAAUCACCACUAAACAUAUGAUGCAAUUUGGUAUAUUCCAAAAUGGAGGCGCAUGCUGAUUAACAUGCAAUGUAUACCAAGGAUAUCGAAUGAUCGCAAUUGAAAUAUGUAGGAAGCUGUUUCUUCCCUACUGAAAAUAUUGAUAUAUUAUUCUGACAUCUCUAUAUAUUGUUAACCGAGUGAAAACAGGAACGUAAAUAAGAAAACAUUAAGCACUCAUCUUUGUCACAAGUUACCUAUGCUAAUAUAUUUUUUGAUAAAUGUCUUACAGUCCUUUUACUUCCCGAUUUAGCUGAAUACACAAGUGUAUAAUCUUUUGCCAAUCCUUAUUCCACCCACUGUCGGAAAUAACAGACAGAUCGUUUUUUGUUUUUUUUUCUAUGUAACAUUUACCAAUGUAAAAUGCGUCUUUUCAAUGUUAUCUGAUAAUGAAACUUAUUUCUACUUGUCUUUAGGAGUUCUCCAAUGGAAUUACUAUGCACUACGCAUUUCAUGGGGAAUGCACAUAACAAGUGUUUAUUUGUACCAUUCUUACAUUAAUUAUGUUUAACUUGAAAAGGUCCUCUCCAUUUGGUUUUUAAAUCAUUUUAUCUAUUUGAAAUCUUAACUAAUUUCCUGUUAUGUUUCCUUACAAUUUUACAUGAAAAAUCUGUUUAACUUUAUUAAUUUAGUAAUUAAAUCUGAACAUUUUA